GUCGGACUCGGAAAUUUCUGCGUUUCCCGCGAUCUUCCCCAACGGCGCCAUGAGCUGCAUCACCUUGCCCUCCGUGCUGCCCGGCUCCCCCAGCAAGACCCGGGGCCAGAUCCAGGUGAUCCUCGGGCCCAUGUUCUCCGGGAAAAGCACGGAGCUCAUGAGACGCGUCCGCCGCUUCCAGAUCGCCCAGUACAAGUGCCUGGUCAUCAAGUAUGCCAAGGACGUCCGUUACAGCAACAACUUCUGCACACAUGACCGGAACACCAUGGAGGCGCUGCCGGCCUGCCAGCUGCGGGACGUGACUCAGGAGGCCCUGGGCGUGGCCGUCAUCGGCAUUGACGAAGGACAGUUUUUCCCCGACAUUGUGGAGUUCUGUGAGACCAUGGCCAACUCCGGGAAGACUGUGAUUGUGGCCGCCCUGGACGGCACCUUCCAGAGGAAGGCAUUUGGGGCCAUCCUGAACCUGGUGCCCCUAUCCGAGAGCGUGGUGAAGCUGACGGCCGUGUGCAUGGAGUGCUUCCGGGAAGCCGCCUAUACCAAGCGGCUGGGCAUGGAGAAAGAGGUGGAGGUGAUCGGGGGAGCGGACAAGUACCAUUCCGUGUGCCGCCUCUGUUACUUCAAGAAGUCCAUGGGCCAGUCCACAGGGCUGGACAAGGAGAACUGUCCAGUGACAGGCAAGCCAGCGGAGGUCGUGGCCACCAGGAAUCUCUUCCGCCCUCAGCAAGUCCUGCAGUGCAGCCUCACCAACUGAGGG